CGAAGUCUAUUUAAACUUCUACCUAUCCCUACUUGGAUCACUUAAAACUUUUGUGUCCCCAAAGUAGUUCCCUUAUUGUUGAUCAGCAACUGCUCAACAAUCAUGCAAAAAUCAAAAUCCAUCAGUCAGAUACAGGCCCCAACCUAUGGAAACCUAAUCACUAUUCUCAGCAUUGAUGGAGGAGGAAUUAAAGGAAUCAUCCCUGCAACUAUUCUUACAUUUCUAGAAUCAGAACUUCAGAAACUGGAUGGCGAAGAUGCUAGACUUGCAGACUACUUUGAUGUGAUUGCCGGGACAAGCACUGGGGGUCUUGUGACGGCCAUGUUGACUGCACCAAACGAAGAAAAUCGCCCCAUGUUCGCUGCAAAGGACAUCAAGGACUUUUACGUGAAACAUUCCCCCAAGAUCUUCCCACAAUGCGGAGGGCCAUUAGGCCAAGCAGCAAAGAUACUAAGAGCUAUCUCAGGGCCCCGGUAUAAUGGCAAAUACCUUCAUGAGAUUGUGCGGAGAAAACUAGGGAAUACCAAGCUUCGUCAGACAUUGACCAAUGUGGUCAUCCCAACAUUCGAUAUCAAGCGGCUCCAGCCGACCAUAUUCUCCUCCUACGAGGUUAAGAACAACAGCUCUCUGGAUGCUCUGCUUUCUGAUAUUUGCAUUGGCACUUCUGCAGCUCCUACUUACCUUCCAUCUUACUUCUUUCAAACAAAAGACUCAGAUGGAAGUGUGAGGGAAUUUAAUCUUAUUGAUGGAGGUGUAGCUGCUAAUAAUCCGGCUUUAGUUGCUAUGGGAGAAGUAACCAAGGAGGUUUUCAAAGGAAACCCAGAUUUCUUCCCAAUCAAACCCAUGGACUAUUGCCGGUUCUUGGUCAUUUCACUCGGUACUGGCUCAUCAAAGGGUGAAGAAAGAUACAAUGCAAAGCAAGCUAAGGGAUGGGGAGUAUUGAGCUGGUUGCUCAGUAACGGAUCUAAUCCAUUAGUUGAUGUAUUUAUGCAAGCAAGUGCUGAUAUGGUGGAUAUCCACAUUUCAGUAGCUUUCCAAGCUCUGCAUUCCAGUAGAAACUACCUUCGAAUCGAGGAUGAUGUCUUAACUGGGACAAUAGCUUCAGUUGAUAUUGCCACAAAGGAAAACCUGGAGAAUCUUGAUAAGGUUGGCGAAGAUCUGCUCAAAAAACCAGUCUCAAGAGUAAAUUUGGAGACGGGCCACUUCGAGCCUGUGGAUAAGGGAGAAGGAACAAAUGAAGAAGCUCUUAUAAGGUUUGCCAAACUAUUAUCAGAAGAAAGAAGGCUUCGUGAGGCAAGAUCACCAUAUUCUAGAUUAACCUGGUCUAUGUAACUUCAUGGAUUGUGAGAAUUAAGCUCCUGUUAGAUCUUUGAGCUGUAGAGUAUAACUUGAGAGAAGCUGAGUAGAGCAUAGCUAUAGCUUCUGAUAAUCUGUCUCAAGUAAUGGAAUAAAUGCAGUAUUCUGCUGCAAUUGGAAACUGAAUAAUGAAAAAUAACAAAGGCUAGGUCAGCAUGGUUUCUCCU